AUGGCUCGACGUCUCUAUCUCGGCAGGCUCCCUCCGGAUGCGCGCGUGGACGACGUCCAGAAAAUCUUCGAUGGCUAUGGUCGCGUUGUCGACUGCCGUGUCAUGACCGGCUUUGGCUUCGUCGAAUUUGAAAGCUCCAGAGAUGCUGAGGAUGCGGUACACCACUUCAACGGCAAACCCUUCAUGGGCACCAAUAUCGUGGUUGAAUUUGCCAAGGAAAGCAGGCCGCGCAGGGACCCGUACGAGCCUGAGCGUGCAAUGCGUGCAAGACGUCCCCCUGGUUACCGUCUCAUCGUCUCGGGUGUAUCGCGCGACACGAGUUGGCAGGAUCUCAAGGACUUUGGUCGCGAAGCUGGUAGUGUUUCUUUUGCGGACAUCGACCGCGAAAAUGCUGGCGAGGGUGUUCUUGAAUAUCUUGCUCGCGAAGACGCCGAGCGCGCUGUCAAAGAGCUCGACGGAAAAGAUCUUCGUGGUCAACCCGUCCGCGUCACCAUGGAUGCAACUCGAGGCGGUGCGGACAAUUAUCGCCGUGACGAGGGACGCCGGGAUGAUCGUUAUGCUCGUGAUGACCGCCAUGGUCGCGACGACCGUGGAAGGGAUGACCGCCACGCGCGGGAUGAUCGCUACACCAAGGACAGCCGGGACGACCGCUAUGCCAGAGACGACCGCCGGGAGGACCGUGCGCCCUACCGCCGAGAACGCUCAAAGUCACCUCCUCGACGUGGCGACUUCGACGAUCGCCGUGCCCCCAGGUCUCCCCCUCCCCGGAGGGAUGUGGAAGAAAAAAGGCCUGCAGGGUACGAUGACCGCCGGAGUGGCUAUGAUGAUCGUCGAGACCCUGAUUCUUAUUAUUAUGACCGUCGUAGGGACGACAGAAGACGGGACGAUCGUGGUGAGGACAGGGCUUCAAGGCAUGCCAAUGGGGAUAGCGGAUGGGCGCGGUGA